UUCUUUCUUUCUUUCUUUCUUUGGGUGUAGGCUGUAGAUAGCUUUGUUUUGUUUUCAAUAAGAAGAAAGAACGAACCUCACACUGCACCCUCGGAGUGGAGUUGACGGAGAACAAUACACCGGCCUCCAUCGGGUGAGGUGAGGAAGAAUCAUAUCCAUGGAGAACAAAUUUGAUGACCUCAUCAUCAAAAGAGAUAGUAUGGGAAUUCCUGUAUUUUCCGAUGAGAUUCCGAGCACCUCUCCGGCGGCGUUGCAGCAAGCUCUGUUGGGUGAAGCUGACAAGACUACUUAUUCUUUGGGCUUCUUAGAUGCUCAACAUAACAACAACUACUACAACACUACACCCAUACCUAACACCAUAUUUGAUCUCAUCAUCCACACUCACACUCACACUCCGCCGCCUCAACAUCAGUCCAUUCCGCCACCGCCAUCUCAUUCCCAGCCUACAGCUCCCUCCCCUACAUCUCUUCUGGAGUCGUCCGAGGUGGUGAACGCUACUCCCCCUACCCCUAAUUCUUCCUCGCUGUCUUCGUCCUCCAAUGAAGCUACUCCGGCGGCCAACGAUGAUCAGCACCAGACAAGUAAAACAGUUGAAGAAGAUGAAGAAGACAAGACUACUAAGAAACAGGUGAAACCCAAAAAGAAGAAGAAUGGUGAGAAGAGGCAAAGAGAAGCAAGAUUUGCGUUCAUGACAAAGAGUGAAGUGGAUCAGUUGGACGAUGGGUAUAGAUGGCGGAAGUACGGCCAAAAAGCUGUCAAGAACACCCACUUUCCCAGGAGCUACUAUCGUUGCACGGCAGCUUCAUGCGGCGUGAAGAAGAGAGUAGAGAGAUGGUGCGAAGAUGCGUCCAUUGUUGUGACCAUGAAGGUACCCACACCCAUCCGUGUCCCAUCAAGCAAGCCGCGGGAUCCCUUGGGAUUGGGAUUAUGCCACCUGCAGCAACCUCUACCUCCUUUCAUACUACUACUGCACAAGAAGGUGGAAUUACCAGUAGUAGUAGUAGUUAUUGUUUCGAGGAGCUGGACAAUACUAAUGUAACAUUAAUACCAUCUCGGCCAUCCUCUCAGCAACUUCACUAUCCCCUGCAACACACCAGCACCUAUUUCCAGACGCCCACUUAUAGUAAUAAUAUUAGCAAUGGAGCUGCUGCUGCUGCACUACUUUGGGGGCGUACUGAUUCAAUCAGCACCACUACUAAUUUAUUGCCAUUGCCACAGGGACUGCCUCCUUCUUUAAUUCCAGACCAUGGACUUCUCCAGGAUAUGGUACCAUUUCAGAUGGUAAAACAGGGGGAGCGCAGCAGCCCAGCCAAGAAAGAUAUAUGACUAGUAGCUAGCUAGGACAUAUAUAUAUAUAUAUGUUCUCUCUCAUUAUUUGUUAGUGGAUUAAUGUUCCGUUCAUUCCUACCUUAGUUCUAAGUUUCUAACACAUCCAGCCAUCCAUUACUAUUUUGAUCAAGUUGAUCGAUGGAAAUGGUCUGUAGUAUACUAUUUUGAUGAAUUAUUUAGUACAUGGUGUUUAGCAUGAACCCAUCAGAUCAGAUCACAAUUAUAUAUACUUAUGUAGCUAGCCAGGCCAGGUUUUUAUGUAAGACAAGUAGCUACUGAGCAUGCAUUUAUCAGACAUAUAUGUAGUAAGUAUUGUAUAGUAUUAUUACUCAAAGGAUGGAAUGAGCUGAGUACGCAAAUUCUGGAUGGGUUCUUUUGUUAGUUUUGUA